UCCAGGCAAACCCAAAAAAACAUAAAAGCCAUCAAAUCGUUCCAAAUUCCUCACCUUCCCCUUAUGGAAGGCUCCAGAUAGGAAGAGCUCACAGCAUCGAUGGUCAACGCACGACAUCUCGAUGACCAGGGGGAUUCCAACAAACCGGAAAGCACCUCACAGCUCCCCGACGCUUACACGGAAGACGGACAGCGCAACCCCGGGAGUGAAGCGUACUAUCUGCUCCACAACGCUUCCCUCCUCAGUCGUGAGCCCGGCGUGUAAAUGGCACUCGGAGGCCCUGAAAUGGGCACCACCGCAGGGGCUUAUCGAAAACCUACCCAAAAGCCUCAGACCCUCCGCGGGCCGGCCCGAACAAGAAGGUGAACCGUCGACGAGGAAAACCUCCGACGACUCCCGGUCAUGGACGGGUUGGGCAAGGCUGCCGGCCCGAAUCAGUGUCCCUGGCCCCCCCACGCCCACUUCAGACCCCUGGCUCCCGCUUGAGAGUCGAGCGUGUUUGGGGGCGUCCGCCUUCUCAAGAUACGUCGACGAGACACUGAGCUAUAUCCAAUUCGGCAUAUACAGCGCAGACUAAUUCGUAGAAUCCUAGCAAUGUAGCAAAGCUUUGGAACAAUUUCGGACUUUCUAUGAGUAGAAAAAAGGACACUCUAAUCAAUACUCUAGCCAGACACUUGUCUUGGAAACACCGCAAAUCAGUUCUCCCGUACCUGCGCCGUGGCACGGCUUUGGUCGGGUGGCUGUUGUCUCGUUCAGAAGAAUCGAAAAAUUCGG